GGCCGCUUAGCACCGAUAACAUUCAGACAACUGCACUUUAUUUUAUUGAUCUAUUUAUUUAAUUUUAAUGCUAAUUAUCAUUAGCAACCUCCUAUAAUUUACAAAUAAUGUACGGAGGAUCCUCCAAGCGCGGCGGCCGAGGAGGCGGCGGCUCUGGUCCUAGGCGCUCCUCCUUACCACCUCCUCCGCCUGUCCACCGCUUUACACCAUCCUCCCGCCUCUCCCUUGGUUCCACCAAUAACAACCCCCGCAACAACCGUCCGGGUCCGAUCAAUGCCAAGUCAUCUUCGUCUUCAAACCCGGGUGUCGAAGAGACCUUCUCUUUAAUUCCGGGAAAUAACCCACUUGCUUUUGCCAUGAUUAUAAGGUUGGCACCUGACUUGGUGGAUGAGAUCAGAAGAAUUGAAGCUCAGGGUGGCACUGCUAGAAUUAAGUUUGGUUCCAUGGCUAAUAACCCUGAUGGGAAUGUUAUUGAUGUGGGUGGUAAAGAAUUCAGAUUUACUUGGUCGAGGGAAUUGGGUGACCUCUGUGACAUAUAUGAAGAGCGACAGGGUGGCGUAGAUGGAAAUGGUUUGCUUGUAGAAUCUGGAUGUGCCUGGCGGAAGGUCAAUGUCCAACGUGUCUUGGAUGAGUCAACUAAGAACCAUGUUAAGAUGCUGUCAGAGGAAGCUGAACGCAAAUUUAAAUCUCGCAAAGCUAUCGUGUUAGACCAAGGAAACCCAGCUGCAAAGAGCCAGAUAAAGCAAUUAGCAGCUGUUGAGUCUAAUCCAUGGUUUAAGCGAAAGAUAGAACCUUCAUUUAAAAAGCGGAAAGUUGAGCCUCCCCAAGUUGGAGGAGGCGGCUUCCCUAAAACCACCUAUAAACCUGCACUGCCUUCAACUGCUAUUGUGAAAGGUAGACUCUCUUCACCUCUACCAUCCCCACCAGAACAUUCUGGGGCUCCAGCAUCUCCAUUUGGAACUGGAAGCAUCACUAAGCAUCAUGUGAGCACAGAAGAGUACAUUCCUACCCAGAUGAAAAAUAAAGAGAAUGCUGCUAGCUCAGAGAAUGAAAUCCCAGCCAAGUUUAAUAGUGCUUUAUGGGAGACACCCGGGCGCAAAGGGAACUUGGGGGUCAAAGCAAUGGAUUUGCAGAGUAUGCUGGUUAAUUUACUGAUCCAGAACCCAAAAGGGAUGAGCUUGAAGGCUUUGGAGAAAGCUGUUUCGGGUACAAUUCCGAACUCUGCUAAGAAGAUUGAGCCCAUUAUAAAAAAGAUAGCAAAUUUUCAAGCUCCAGGAAGAUAUAUCUUGAAACCAGGAAUGGAGUCAGAAAAAGUCAAGAAACCUUCAUCCGAAAGUGGAAGUUCUCCUGAAGACAACCAUCAGCAAGCACAUGCUACUGAGGAUAAUUGUUGCCAGAGACCUGAUCCAGAACCAAGAUUUGCGGAGAAAAAUCCUUCUGUUGCAUCCAAGGAACUAGUUCGGUCAAACUCUAAACUUGGAGAAGAAUCAAAUGCAUUAGAAAAACUUGACAUAGAUCAGUCUUCGCCUGAUUUGUUUGGUGAGAAGAAGGUUUCUGACAACAGUGAAGGGCAGGCAGGCAGCUCUAGUGAUAGUGGAAGUGACAGUGACAGUGAGAGUGAUAGCAGUGAUAGUGGGAGUGACAGUGGAAGCCGCAGCAGGAGCAGGAGCAGAAGCCCAGUAGGAAGUGGAACUGGGAGUAGCAGUGACAGUGAAAGUGAUGCUUCCUCCAACAGUAAGCAGGGUUCUGAUGAGGAUGUUGAUAUCAUGACAAGUGAUGAUGACAAAGAACCCCGACAUAAGUUGCAGACCGCUGAACCAGGAUUAUUGGCAUCUCCUGAUCCUUGGAGGUCUGUGCCGAAUGGGAUUGAUAAGAAGCUAGAUGGUAAUAAAUCUGCUGCAGUUGACAUCGAGGGCCACGGAUCUGCUGCAGUUGACAUCGAGGGCCAUGAGUCUGAUGCAAUUGAAAUCGAGGGCCAUGAAUCUGAUGCUAUUGAAGUCGAUAAAGACUUGGCUGGUGAUGAAAAGGACAUUAAAAUAACUAAAAAUGAUAGUUUGGUUACCAGCAAAGAAGGUGAAAAACCUUUGCAAGGACCAGAAUCCACUUUUCAUGAUCAUGAUAUGAUUCAAGAGCGCCAAAUGUUCAUAGGAAACUUAUUUGAUGAUGACGACAAUAUGGUUAGGGACAGCUUUAGGCAUGAGCAGUCAGACAGCUCAGACAGAACAUCAAAAAGUAAAUCGAAAAGGGGACUCGAUGCGAAGCCCUUUGACAGUAAAUCUGAGCGUGUCAAAAGAUUGAAAGCUGAAAGCUUGUCUCGAGUGCCCACUUCUAAGGGUAGGGACACUCAGUUCUCAGGGAGUCCUCAUGAUAAACACAAUGAAGACAUGUACAAGGGCCCUGCCAUUCAAGUGAUGGAUAGAGCUGAUAAACAAGCAAGUGAUUUUGGCUCAGAAAAGCUGUAUAACCAGGCAAUUUCUGGAAAAUCUAAUCCAGAUUUUCAACAAUCAGGUCGGAGGUCUUCUGAUCAAAAUGCAAGGUUGAAAGCUCAGGAAGCUGCAAGCAGAUCCAAACAUGCUGAGGGCUCAGGCAUUAGUUGUAAGUUUCCAGAAAAGGGUUCUUUUGUGCAUGAAGUGUUUUCUAUUCAUAGAGAAAAGGCUUCAAGAGAUACUCAAAACGAGGAUACUUUUUCGAAGGAGAAAAAGGUGCCAAUAAAUUCCAAGGAAGGUGGUGCUGGGGGCAAACAUUCAGCUUCCUUUGAUUCCCAUUACAGGAAACAAGGGGAAGCAUUUGGAAGACCAAAGGAUCCUGGACAAAUUUCAAACUCAAAUUUUGGGUUUUCACCAAAGGACUCCAACAGAGCUGACAUGGAAAAGCACCGAGUUGCUAGUGGAAGAGGUCUCCAUAGAGAGCUUUCAGACUUGGAGUUAGGAGAACUUCGUGAGCCAUUACUUGAGGAAACACCAGUUAAAAAAAGGUUUGAAAGGAAAGGUUCUUUUAAACACUCAGAGAACAAAUCAAGCACUUCAGAUAAUUGUAAUUCAGAUAUACACAAGGGCAAAUCUAUUGGAAAGGUAUCAUUGGACUCAGGAAAGCCCUCACCUAACCUGAGUGCUGGAGUUAAGAGGUCCCCAGAACAUCGUGUCGAUGAUUUAACAAGACCUAACCAUAAAGCUAUGCAGUCUCAGCCGCAACAUGUUUCAAGUGUAGAUAAUCUUGAUGUUGGAUCUGGGUUCAGUAAGUUGGCAGACUCAAGUAGUAGAUUAACACAGAAUGAAACUAGUGCAAAGCUAGGAAAUAGUAUGGAAGGCUAUGGAGAAAGCCACAAGAAAGCCCCUCUCAGUGCACAGAAGCUUCAUGAAUCUAAAUGUGGAACACUUCCCCUCUCGGUAAGAGAAAGUAAAACACAACCAUCUAAUUUGAUGGCUGACUUGAUAAAUGGACGGAAAGAUACACUUAUGACAGAGGAUAGCAAUAAUGUUUCCAAGAAGAGGGAAUCUUCUUCAGAGGAUGACAGCUCUUCAUAUUCCAAGUAUGAAAAGGAUGCACCAGAGCUCAGAGGACCAAUUAAGGAUUUUUCUCAGUACCAAGAAUAUGUGCAAGAAUAUCGUGAUAAAUAUGAUAGUUACUGCUCCUUGAACAGGAUCCUAGAGAGCUACAGGAAUGAGUUCCAUAAAUUGGGGAAGGACCUUGAAUCUGCAAAAGGCAGGGAUAUGGAUAGAUAUCAUAACAUCUUGGUGCAGUUGAAGGAGUCUUAUAGUCAAUGUGGAAUGAAACACAGACGGCUGAAAAAAAUAUUCAUAGUGCUCCAUAAAGAACUAGAGCAACUUAAGCAGAGGAUUAAGGACUUCGUGCCCUCGUAUACAAAAGAUUGAACAUUAAUUCAAUGCUUUGAGGCAGAAUUAUCCUAUCUUUCCCCCAUUAACCCAACGUGUGCUCUUCCCUUGACUGGUACAUUGUAAAAUAUAUUCUUUUGUAGAAAAGUAGAAUGUUUCUGCGGAGAUAUCUUAAACUUCAGCUUUGGCAGAGGUGUGCAAAGGCCCCUCCUCGUAUGUAUGGGUGCGAAAGGUACACUUUUCCUGCCAGUCGACCUUUUUAUGUAUAACCUCUCCAUCCAUGUGAGUUGCGUUCUUUGAUAUAUAAUUUUGCUUCAUUUUAUCAUACUUCA